UCGUCAGGGUGCUGCAGACCAAGCACAGUUUAUUUAGUGAUGCGGGACAGGUCCUCGUUUUACAUGUGACUAGCUAUAAGUUCAUAUCGAAAUAGGUCAAUUUAGGAAUAGGGUGCUAUUAAAAGGAUAUUCAAGCUAUUAUUAGCAAAUAAUUAGUCUAUUAUUUGUUUUAAGAAAUCUGAUUAGUUAAAUCGCAUCAAUGGCGACUGAAUGUACUCAAGAAGCGGUCCUUCAGUUUCUAACGGAGCGAGGGGGUAGAGUGAAAAACCUGGAAUUGAUUGACUACUUCAAAUCUAUUUUUCCAAGCAACCCUGAGAAGAGAACUGCUGUUAGGGAAUCUUUUAAGGAACACGUGGAUAACAUUGCAUUUGUAAACAUUGAGAAUGGAGUGAAAUUUGUUUGUUUAAAGAAAAAGUAUAGAGGCUCAGUGAAGUUUGUGGAAAAAGACUCGCGCAACGGGAUACAUGUUGGCGUAACGUCAGUUUCGGAACAGAAGAAAACUUUGAGAAACGAGAGCCUUCGUUCAAAUUUGGACACAUCUGAGAGUUCAGUAAACACUGCAAUGAGUGUCCUGUCAUGUGGAAAGGUGCGCAGUUUUGAAACCACUGUAAACGACGCUGCGCAACAAGAAAUAUUACCUGGCUCAGGUUACGGAUCUGACAAUACAGGUGAGAAACACCCAUACGUUCCAGAAAUAUUUGUGCAAAGACAAUCCAGGGAAGGAGUUGUACUGACACGAUCUGUUGGCCAAACAGUCGAAGGUAGUGCAUUCGACAUGGGAAAUACAAAUAUAAAAGAAGACAAGAAAGCUUCCGCAAAGGCAGUUGAUGUUCGGAUGUUACCUCCAGAGAUUCCUCAAAUUUCAGUGAUUGAAGCGUCCCCACUACCAGCACCGGGGGAUGGAUCCAUGUUUACAAUGCCGGGACAGUCUAGAGAAACUACCCUGGGACAGGUUGACAAGUGGGGCCUACAUACAACAAGACACUCUGGAAAUCACCCAAAGCACGAUGAAUCAUUAUGUAUAGCCCAAGGAGGCAAAGAUGCCGAUGUGGGCAGGACUGAAAUUGUGACCAAACGCAGAACCUCAAGAGAAUCCCAACGCAGCCUAAUGUCUAGUCACCCUUCAGAGGAUGGAACAGAUGAUGUUCAGAUGGAUUCCUUAAGUAUGUCGGGUAGUGAGAGCAAUACUCCAAAGGGGAGCCGUAAAAACUUUAUUGAGCUCAUGAUGAACAGUUCCCCCCAUGUUCGACGGAGCAUGGCGUUGCGGAACUCUGUUCACCUGUCUACCAGGUACAAUGACUGUUCUAGAAGUGACAGUGACUCCGCCUCGGUGGUGUCCUCCACUACAGAGGAUGAGGCUACACCAGUCACACUGCACCCGCUAGAGCAUGAAUGGAUGAUGUGUUCGUCAGACGGGCAGUGGGACAGUCUGCAGGAGCUCCUAGCCUGCGAACCCAAUCUGAUCUUGAAAAAGGAUUUUGUGACGGGCUUCACCUGCCUUCACUGGGCGGCAAAGCAGGGCAAACCAGAGCUGCUGGCAUUAAUUGUCAAUUUUGCCAAAAACCACGCAGUGCCCAUCAACAUCAACGCAAAGUCGAGUGCUGGGUACACGCCCCUGCACUUGGCUGCCAUGCACAACCAUGUUGAGGUGGUGAAGCUGCUCAUCGGUGCCUAUGACGCUGACGUGGAGGCCAGAGACUACAAUGGGAAAAAGGCCUGUCAGUAUCUUACCAACAGUGUGGCAGUGGACAUUAGAGAUAUCAUUGGGGCAUGUGGUGACUCUGAGUCCGAAAACAAAGAUCACAUGGAUGGGGUUCGCUGGAGGCUGUCCAAGGUCCUCCAGUCCAGCCUCAUGCCCCUGAAACUGCUGAAUCACAGUGAGAAUGAUUCUGGAGAUGGACUCAGCCGAGAAAAGCCUAAAUUGCUUCGCAGGAAGUCUUCCCUCAGUAGCAUUAGACAGAAGAUCCGUUUUCGGUCACAGAUUGUUCAUAGCACAUCGUUCGAUGAGGGCAAAGAGUUAGAGGGCUCACUAAGAGGCUCUGUGAAAUCCAGAUCCAAGACCACUGUGUUUGGAUGAGCGUGUGUCCAGAGUCAGUCAAGUAUGCUGGCGAUCUAAUGCCAAACUACGGUGGAUUACAGUUUGAGCUGUGUAUUUCAAAAUCAUGUAUUGCUUAAUUUCUAUUUCUCAGUUGGGUAUGGCAAGAACGGCAGUGUAGGAUAUCUGAAGGCGAUGGAUAGCAUGCAUUGCACUGAAUGUGAUCUGUUAAGCAACUGGGUAGAUUACCAUGAAUUAGGCCAAACAUUUCUGGCCUUAUCCUACAGUAAGCCUCUUAUCUUUCACAGGCUUCUAGACCAUGCCUUCACCCUCACCUAAGGCAGCAUGAAGCUUUAGUUGGUGCUUGGGUAUCUUCAUUAGUAGCCUUGACCUUACUGAAUAUAUCAAGUCAAGCUCAUUGCUCAAUGGUACUGUGCCUUACAUUAGCAUUCAUGAUCUAUGACUGUCCUAAACUGGAAGAGCACACACCUACCUGCAAAUGUAUUAUAGUAUUUCCUCUCUCAGUUCCAGUGGUAGAUCUUAGAAGCUUGUAAAAGCUUCUUGACAUGAGUCUAAUCUGGAUUGCUGAGAUCGCAUAGUUAGAUUGAGUCAACAGUGUCUGGUAACUAGGCUUAGGAUAGAGUAUGAUCAUUUUGUUGUUAGUUUAGUUGCACAAUUGCAUUUAGAAACCCUUGUGAAAUACGUGUUUCACAUUUGCACUAUUGAUUUGUAAGGAUAGGCAUUUUCUGUUUUCGAUCACACCUCAAAACAAGUUCAGGCCACUCAUUGUAAAACAUUGACUAAUUUCUGUUUUGUUUACCUUCAUGUCUCUUUAUGCCUUGUCGUGCAAAUACUGCAGUCGGGUUUCAGAUCUUGUUUUGGGUUCUCUUUCUAGACUAGACCACACAUAUGUUUGCAUUGUGUUUCUUGUUUCUGUCAGUAAUUAUAUCCCAACCACUGACUGGACAUGGACCAAUGUGUUGCAAUACUUUAGCUUGUUAGUACUUGAAGGUGCAGCCAAGGUCUCCUUUAGUCAAACAUAUCUUUUGAAAUGGGUCUAAGAUUUUAUUUGAACUUAUUUGCACCUUAAACCAAGUACUAUGUAAAUGUUAAUAUAAAGAAGCUGCAAUGGAUUCUUGCUGAUAGCACUUUUGUUCUGUAAAGGUUUACACUGUAAUCUUAUUUUAAAGAGGUAACACUGCUGGCAUAACUAUUGAACUACAGAAAUCUGAACCUGCAUAAUAGAUUUUCUUGUAUAUGCCCUAGACUUACCAGACUGGUCCCUUGACAUUCCUUUUGAGUUCAUUUAAAAUGAUUUACUGAUGCUAUGAUACCUUAAUGGUGUUUCUUUUUUUGUACAAAUAAUCUUGUAUGUACACAAUAACAAUACAUCUUUGUACACAAUAAUUGUGGAU